UUUGUAUUAUUUUUUUUUUAAACCAUAGAGCUGCACCCUAUAUAAGUGUAAGUUGCUCUGUUACUAAUUUACUAUUAGCAGUAGAAACAAACAAACGAACAAACUAGAAAGCAAAAAGCGGUGGCGGCAAUGAGAUCCGGUCAAAGCCUGGCGGUGCUAACUCGAGCGUUGAUCACUCGCUCCAUGGAGUCGUCUCGGGGAGCCACUCGCUACUUGAGCGCAGGCACAGGCAAAGUCCUCAGCGAGGAGGAGCGUGCCGCCGAGAAUGUCUACAUCCAGAGAAAGGAGAGGGAGAGAUUGGCGAAGCAGAAGGCUGAGAAGGAAAAGGCCGAGAAAGCGAAAGAAAAUGCUGAUAAGAAAGUGAGGCGUCUCUUCGCGAUGUUUGAUCACUCGGAAGGCUGAUGGGACACAUUAAAAGCUGAAAUGGUGAUGGGCACUUUGGCAGUACCUGAAAAACUUUUCCUUUGGAAGUAAUCAUGAAUAAUAACAGUGUAUAUAACUUUUGUGAGAAUCACUCUGCGUUGAGUAUCGGUGUUCUUCGUGGCAUCUUUUCUUAAACAUUAAUGGGAUAACUUGGAUCUUUUUAUGAUCUUCCUGUCUUUUAUGUGAUUGUUUUUACUCA